AUGAUUCUUUGCAGUAGCGAUUCCAUGAUAAGCACAAAUAGUAUCGUUGAUUCAAUUCUUUGUGAUGGGUCGACAUCAGAACCGGAUGAAUUGUACGCCAUUCUUGGGUGUGCGAAAACAGCAACGAUUCCACAAAUACUCGCCGAAUAUCGAGCCCGAGUGCGCGAUUUCCAUCCUGACACGAGCGAUUCGGCUGCCAGCGAACCUGAACUCGUUAACGAACGUUUUAUCAAGUUACAACAAGCAAAGGAAAUUUUGACGGAUGAUCGAAAGAAACGCAUUUAUGAUCAGUGGUUGAAUAGUUCGUUAGCAAUACCGUGGAGGGUUUGGAUGGACAACAGCGAGUUACGUAAGGUGAACGGAAAUUGUGCAAUUUGUUGA